UGCUGACCUGAGGCGGGACGCGUGGGGCGGUGCCCGGAAGCGGGUUGGUUGGUGUUAGGGGUGCGGAAGUGACUGCUGGAGGCCCGGGUUUCGGUUCUGUGGGCGGCAGGCUGAGGGGGAAAAGGGGAGCUCUAUCGCCGGCAGCUGUGGGCUUAGGCCCUCUCCUUCCUUCUCCUUCCCGUUCUCCACGGCUCUGCAAUGGCGGGCAACACGGACAACCUGCAGAAAGCAAUAGGCCUUGCUAGUAAGGCAGCGCAAGAAGAUAAAGCAGGAAACUACGAGGAAGCCUUCCGUUUGUACCAACAAGCUGUGCAGUAUUUUCUCCACGUCGUUAAAUAUGAAGCACAGGGUGAUAAAAUGAAACAAAGCAUUAGAAUGAAAUGUGCAGAAUACUUGGACAGAGCAGAGAAGCUGAAAGAGUAUCUGAAAACCAAAGGAAAAACUGCACCAAAACCAGUUAAAGAGUCUGGUCCUACUGAUGGAAAAGGGAAUGACAGUGAUGGGGAAGGGGAAUCAGAGAACCCUGAAAAAAAGAAGCUACAGAAUCAACUUCAAGGAGCAAUUGUCAUGGAGCGACCAAAUGUCAAAUGGAGUGAUGUUGCUGGCCUUGAAGGUGCCAAAGAAGCGCUUAAAGAAGCAGUGAUCUUGCCCAUUAAAUUUCCACACCUGUUUACAGGAAAGAGAACACCCUGGAGAGGAAUCCUUCUGUUUGGACCACCAGGAACAGGGAAGUCUUACUUAGCAAAAGCUGUGGCAACAGAAGCAAACAACUCUACCUUCUUCGCCGUAUCUUCCUCUGACCUUGUCUCAAAGUGGCUAGGUGAAAGUGAAAAAUUAGUGAAAAACUUGUUCCAGCUUGCUAGAGAAAACAAACCUUCCAUUAUCUUCAUUGAUGAGAUUGAUUCCCUCUGUGCAUCAAGAGGUGAAAAUGAAAGUGAGGCUGCUAGACGAAUAAAAACAGAAUUUCUAGUCCAGAUGCAGGGAGUUGGUACUAACAAUGAAGGAAUCUUGGUCUUAGGAGCAACAAACAUACCCUGGGUUUUGGAUUCUGCUAUCAGGAGAAGGUUUGAGAAGCGUAUUUACAUUCCUUUACCUGAUGAACAUGCCAGGGCUGCUAUGUUCAAACUUCACCUUGGGUCAACUCCAAAUCUCCUACAGGAAGCAGAUUAUCGAGAGCUUGGAAAGAGAACGGAUGGCUAUUCUGGUGCAGAUAUAAGCAUCAUUGUACGGGAUGCACUGAUGCAGCCUGUUAGAAAAGUGCAAUCAGCUACUCACUUCAAAAAAGUAAAAGGAUCAUCAGUAUCUGAUCCAAACAGAACGGUGGAUUUGUUCACCCCCUGCUCUCCAGGUGAUCCUGAAGCCAUAGAAAUGACAUGGAUGGAGGUCCCAGGUGAUCAGCUACUGGAGCCUCAAGUUUCCAUGGGUGAUAUGCUCAGGUCGCUAGCUAGCACAAAACCAACAGUUAACGAACAGGACCUGGAGAAGUUAAAGAAGUUUACAGAAGACUUUGGGCAGGAAGGUUAAACCAAAGGAGUUUGGCAGAAAAGCAUUAGUAAUAACCCUUAAGAUUCCACAUGUCAAGGCUGGCAAAGUACAGAUAAUCCUUAGAGAAUGUAUGGGGAGGUAUUUUGGGAAAUAAUGUGUUUUCACACGCGAGGAGACUUUCACAGAUGUCUCAGAUCCAGGCUUUCCAGUGGUCAAUGAACUCAGAACCCCGCUGAUAACUAUUGCAUAUAGAUUACAUUGAUUUAGUGCUUAAGCUUCGAGAGAAGGCUGGCACUUUAGCAUAGAAGUAGCACUUUCAGUGGUCUUUUCCUGGAGAGCUAAGAAGUGACACGUGCCUGAAUGUUAACUUACAACACUAAGCACUGAGGUUUGUGCCUUGUAAGUUCUCCCUGGCUGUACGUACGAAAAAUCAUCAGGAUACCUACAGUACUGCCGUGUUCCACUGUCAUUGUUCAACUCUGGCCUGCAUAUGCUUUGUUUAUCUUGCAUUAAAAGAAAAUUUGCACAUUUGGGUGUAUGUGUAUGUUACAUGUACAUAUGCAAAUAGCUGAUCAUCUUCUGGUGGGCUUUGGUUUCCUUUAUGUACAUAUUUUGUGUGCUUUAUGAAUCAUAGGAUGGGUGAAAUCUGCUGUAUUUAAAUGAAGUAAAAUGUUACAGUACAACAUCAGGUAUGUUCUUUCUUUCUUCCAUGUUAUAUUCACAUAUUUGCUGCUUGAUCUUGGGUUUUGGUUUUAGACUUUGGUUUCUAUGUUUUGAACAGCUAAGCAAAGGACUUUAGUUGAAAUGUCUUUAAUCUGCAAGGUGCUGAGCUUUUGUUUUACUGUUGUGACUCUUUCCAAAAUGGUUGAGUUAGAGCUUUACCUUUGUCUCGCUUUGGAAGAUGUAAAUGUCAAUCAGUGAACUGUAAAUCUUUUUGUGGACCUUUGGGGUGUGGCAGGGGGAUGAUAAGAAUUCCAGUGUAGGUGCAGACAGCUGUGGCUAGUAAACUUAAUCCUUGUUGCAACAGGAUUUUCCUAUCUGCCUCCUGUGAAUGCUUCAGACGUGAGCCACAUAUUGGCAGGGCUCUCACUCAGAGGUUUGAAGCUGCUUUGUGAAGUCCUUGCCUCUUGACCCUUUUUUUACUGCAAUCUUAAAAUUCUCAGGAAUGCUUUGGUUUUAUUUGCCCCUGUGGGUUUCCAUAAGCUUAAUUCUAUAUUCUCUUAUCAUUAAUGGUGGAAAAAAGUAUGCUCUGUUUUAAAUUAACAUUUUGCUGAUUGCUGAGUUGUGGGAUGACAUUUGGAACAGAAGCAUUAAUGUCUGAUGUUUCAAGUUGGUUUUAGAAAUGUAUUCCAAAUAAACAUGGCUGCUACAAGGACAACCUUUUGGCUUGCUGUCUUUGUAAAUGAGAAUAAAUUAAUACAUAUUCCAGAGCUUCUUA